AGCCCGUGGGGCUGUUCCGGCUGAGCGCUCACUGCCCCUGCGAGCGCGGCGGCGACGGCGACGGCGCCGCCCUGAGAAUCAGCAUCGAAGGGUUUGAACAGGAGCGGGGUGACAUGCAGAGCAUCGCGCGCCGCCACCGCCGCGUCCCCAAUGUGCCCGCCAUGGCGCUGCCCCCCGAGCGCGCCCAGGCCCUGCACGGGCACCGGCAGCGCCGGGAGCUGGAGGGACAGCACUGCGGGGGCGCCGAGGAGCAGAGCUGCUGCGUGCGCCCGCUGUACAUCGAUUUCCGCCGGGACCUGGAGUGGAAGUGGAUCCACGAGCCGCGGGGCUACAUGGCCAACUUCUGCGGGGGGCCCUGCUCCUACAUCUGGAGCGCCGACACCCACCACACCAAGGUGCUGGCCCUGUACAACCUGCACAACCCGGGCGCCUCGGCCGCGCCGUGCUGCGUCCCGCAGAGCCUGGAGCCGCUGCCCAUCGUUUACUACGUGGGGCGCAAGGCGCGCGUGGAGCAGCUCUCGGGGAUGGUGGUCAGCGCCUGCAAGUGCAGCUGACCCCAAAAACCCCCAAAUUCCACCCCAAAAAAUCCCCACCCCCACCCCCCAACAUCUCCACAUUCAC